CCCGCGUACAGCAAAAAAAAAAAAAAAAAGUAAUGGUAAAAUAAAAUUAAAAAAAACCAUUUUAUAGAGGCAACACAGUUUAGAUUAAAUAAGCACAUCAUUCAUCAAAGUGUGACAAGAAAAAAUGCUGCAUUGUAGAAUAAUAUAUUCAAAUGUGGUGUGAACAUUUAAGGCAGCUGAUGGCCAAAGUGGGCAAGUCAAGGAGGGUGGUCUUGGUAUGGAGGUGAUUUUGUGUCUAGAGGAGGUCUCUUUGUGAUAAAAGAUAGCAGCAAACUGAACAGAUUACCAACAUGGUGAUGUUAACUCCCUGGUUGGGACACUUAGGGAUGAACCAGGGCACCAGGAAGCCGACCAAGCCCCAGAACAUGCUCAUCAUGAUGAGAGGCACGGUGAGGCCGGCAUAUGCCAUGAUAGCUGCGAGAGGUACCAGCCCCUGCCCCACCGCCUCACUUUGGUCCCACCCGGAAAUGUCAACCUGAUACCACCCAUCUUUAAGUUUUUAUUCUCUUCUUUUUUCUUCCCUCCUUCCUUCCUUAUUCUUUUCUCAUGUGCACAAAAAUGAAUAUUUACAUACCUACUUCUCAAAAUGUUUUAACUAAUUAAAUGAGAUGAAACCUAUCAAAAAUAUGAAUUAUCACACUUCUUAGGAAGUGUGAUAAUUACAUAGUCUUACAUAGUCAAAUGGGAAAAAUGUGUAUGCUUAGAAACAUGGAAAGCACAUAAUGAGUGUGAGUGGCUCUUCUUUCAUUUUGGACUCUGGCUGAGAAUCAAUGUGGAAGAUAGGUUUGUAAUGAAAAUUUCCUUCAGUUAGUAACUUGAGAAAAGGUUUUAGGCACAAUCCAUAUUCUCCUCCUUUAGAUUGUGGGGUAUCAGGGGGAAGAGUUCGUUACUUUUUCUUAACUCUUCACAGUAGGCAGAACCAUUAAAAUAGUUCUAGAUUGAAAUCCAAAUGGAGUAAGCUGUUUGUUAACUAAUUAUCAUCCCUGAUGUCCUCUGAAUCUAAGAAGAGAUUUAGGAUAUAAGGUCAUGAUUCUAGAAGGAAGGUGCAGGAGGGUUCUAGUCACAUGCAUUCAGAUCCCCAGUGCAUAGCCCUGCCAUCUCUUCCGCACAGUAAUAGAACCUCAGAUGUCCUGAUGGGAGGGGGAAUGCCAGGCUUAUAGCCCAACAUGGACUGAGAUUCAGAGAGUAACACCCCAGCACGGAGCACAGCAGUGCCUGGCUGCCUGGCCGUUCCUGUAACUACUCUUUCUGAAAAUAUUUUCUUUGUGAAUCCACUGCAUUCAUGCACUGCUCCUGUCAACUCUCUUUAUGUCAGGGCUCAUAGACCAAGCUUGCCGGCUUAGAAAACUAAACCUUUAUAGGAAUUCUAUUUUGAUGAUUCUCUUUGGAAGUCCAUCUCAUUACAAUUUUGUUAGAAAAUGAACUUACAUUCAAUUCCUGACCUGCAUUUAUGUCUGUCCUUAAUUGUCAUUGUUGAAGACGUAUCCUACUGUCCCAUCUGUCUCAGAAUCUGGAUUUUCUUGAAUCUAGAUUUUAGUUUCUCAUUUUUUUAAAAGAUUUUUUUGAUGUGGACCAUUUUUAAAUUCUUUAUUGAAUUUGUUACAAUACUGCUUCUGUUUUAUGUUUCGCUUUUUUAGCCACGAAAUAUGUGGGAUCUCAGCUCCCUGACCAGGGAUCGAACCCACACCGCCUGAGUUGGAAGGCGAAGUCCUUUUUUUUUUUUUUUGGCUGUGUUGGUUCUUAGAUGCGGCAUGUGGGAUCUUCGUUGAGGCGUGCGGGAUCUUUCGUUGCUGCACAAGGGGUUCUCUUUAGUUGUGGCAUGUGGGUUUUUCUCUUCUCUAGUUGUGGCGCACAGGCUCCAGGGUGCAUGGACUCUAUAGUUGUGGUGCGUGGGUUCCAGAGCGUGUGGGAUUUGUAGUUUGUGGCACACAGUUUCUCUGGUUGAGGUGUGCGAGCUCAGUAGUUGUGGAGCGCAGGCUUAGUUGCCCUGCACCAUGUGGGAUCUUAGUUUCCUGAGCAGGGAUUGAACACACGUCCCCUGAAUUGGAAGGUGAGUUCUUUACCACCGGACUUGCCAGGGAAGUCCCAGUUUCUCUCUUUAUAGCUCUUCCCUCCCCUCCAUUCUUUCUGAUGAAUUGCUUCUCUUAUACCUUGAAGAAACUAUAAUAUUUUGUAAGCUUUUUGUAAGCUUUCCAUAUUCAAAAGUCACAUCUGUAACUCUAGCAGUCUCUUAUUUUCCAGAAUUGUGCCACUUCCUUUUCUUUUUUCUUAUCUGCAAUUUCUGAAAUGAUUCUUUCUCUCUCUCCCUCCUCUCCACUCUGUCCAUUUAGUGACUCUCUUUUGCUUUGCACUGCAUAUUUGCUCGCUGUCUCCCUGAUCCAUGGUCACAGAUAAUUUUUUCAAUGUGUGUAUUGGCCCUGUAUUAAACUUCCACAAAAGAGAGCAUGGGAGGGGCUUCCCUGGUGGCGCAGUGGUUUAGAGUCCGCCUGCCGAUGCAGGGGACACGGGUUCGUGCCCCGGUCCGGGAAGAUCCCACAUGCCGCGGAGCAGCUGGGCCCGUGAGCCAUGGCCGCUGAGCCUGCGCGUCCGGAGCCUGUGCUCCGAAACGGAAGAGGCCACAACAGUGAGAGGCCCGCGUACUGCCAAAAAAAAAAAGAGAACAUGGGAGAAUGAUAUGCCAUCUAGAUUGUGUUCCAAGACUUGAAAUCUUUAUGUGGAUUUAUUCCUGGCAAAUGAUGAGAAAGUGUUCCUCACUGAGUUCAGGGCAAGAUCCUGAAUGCCAGUCAUAUCAUAUCUCUUUGUUUCUUUUAUUAUUCAGUGGACGCCUCAAGGAUAAAGUUCAAGUUUUGAUACAGUUAUGAAACUAAUCUUUAUAGUACAAUUACGGACCGUAUUUCUGUCUUUCGUCUGCUCUUCCAGCUGCCUUCUGGAGACCUCAUGUUGCCUCUUCACAUUGCAGAGCUAUGGGCAUUUCUAUAGUGCACUCUUGUAGAUGAUGGUAGAUAACACGGUAUGUGAGAAAUUCCUGAUUCAUGCAGAGACUCCAUAUCUCAUGACACCAUCUGGAAUGUGGUUAAUGUUUCCCUGAGAGAGCAGGAUAUACUUGAGAAAUCAUGAUUGUGCCUCCGUAGGAAACCUACUUCUGGAGGUUCUCUGAGAAUCCUCCUUUUGAAGUCCCAUAUGGGAGUAGCCUGCCAAUUGUGUGGAAUUCGGAAUCUUUUCUUUAGUUGUGAAAUGUGAACACAAUGAGUGACUCCCUGGAGUUUCACUGCUCCACUUGUCAACAGAACCCGAAGUGUCCCUUCCAAAGAGGUUCAAGAGUAGUUAUUCUCUGAUGUCUCUUCCAAUAGAUGAAAUCUACUAGCUGAAUAUCACGAAGUAGCUGUUUAAAAGAUAUUUUCAGGAGGUGGACUUAACGAGUUGGUGAUUGGGACUGGGUGUAAUACAUGAGUUCAUUGGAAUAUUUUGCCAUGUCUGCAUAUAGCAGGGCAGAGUCUAGUAUUGGAGGUGAAAUCCCUAGACACAUGGGCCUUCCAGUUAGUAAUUCAUAGGGGAUAACUGAUUUGUCAGUGGACUACGUGAGUGUAAGGGCUAGUGGGAGUACCUUUGGUCAGGGAGCUCAAGAGUUUCUGAAAGUAUUGUUGAUUUUAAUUUAAGAAUGCCAUUGAUCCUUUUGACUUUUCCAGAAGAUUGUCGAUAACAUGGACAGUGCAGUUUUUGAGUCAGGGGAAACACCUUACAGGGUUCUUUUACAAUGGUUCCCAUGUGACACAGUCACUUGAUAUAAACAUUGGGAUAACCCAAGUUGGAAACAAAAUCAGUCAGCUUUUUUUUCAAGGACUGUAGCUUUUCAGCAGAGAAAUGGUUUAAUCCAGCCUGAAAACAGACAAUAACUAAAACAUAGUCAAAUUGCAUGGAGGGUAGAAGCUGGAUACAAUCCAUCUGAAGGUGUUCAAAUUCUUCUUGGUGGUGCCUGGGCAGGUAGGUCAUGCAUGCAUCCCCCCAUCACCGCCUGGGGACUGUCCACUGGGGAUCAGAGCUUCGGUAAGAGCCAGCUGUAAACCCCAUCCACCCCCUCACCCCAACCCCCAGCUCCAGUGGCACUCGGCCCCUCUCUCCAAAGGCACGGCUGUCCCUAUGCCCCCCUCCCCUCAGGACGAUCAAGACUCUAAGACUAGCUCCUCACUCCAAGCCCCUUCCCUAGGCCUAGGAGCUAUUAAACAUCCUCCAACAGCCCCUGAGGCAGGUCUGCUCCCUCUCUCCAUUUCGUACUGGGGGAAACUGAACCUGGGGUGGGGGUUAGAGGGAGAGUCUCUUGUUGCAACCCCCAGCAAGGGGUGGGGAUCCAGGAAUCAAUCCCAAGCCCACAACCCAGUGUCUCAGGGAGUCUGACCCACUGUGUCCCCCUUCCCUCCUGGCCUGUUUCCACCCCAAGAAAGCCCCUCCUUCUGGUUCCCUCAGGCUCCUCUGAGUGUCCUUCUCAGCCUCCCCCCUCCCUGGGGUGCCCUCAGACCUUCUCCUCCCUGGAUGCUGAUGCCCCUGUAAUAGUUUGCUAAGGUUGCCAUAGCAAAGUACCGCAGACUGGGAAGCUUAAACAACAGACAUUUUCUCACAAACAUGGAGGCUAGAAAUCUGAGAUCAAGGGGUUGACAGCAUCAUUUUCUCCUGAUGCUGCUCUCCUUGGCUUGUAUAUGGCCAUCUUCCCCCUGUGUCUUUACAUUGUCUUCCCUCUCUGUGUGUGUAUCCUAACUUCCUCUUUUCUUUCUUUGGCUGCAUUGGGUCUUAGUUGUGGCAUACGGGACCUUUCGCUGCGGCACGCGGGCUCUUGGUUGUGGCGUGCAGGCUUCUCUAGUUGCAGUGCGUGGACUUCUCUCUAGUUGAGGCAUGUGGGCUCAGUAGUUGCCCUGAGGCAUAUGGAAUCUUAGUUCCCCAACCAGGGAUUGAAACCGAGUCCCUGGCGUUGGAAGGCAGAUUCUUAACCACUGGACAACCAGGGAAGUCCCUAACUUCCUCUUCCUUUAAGGACAACAGUCACGUUGGAUUAGGGUCCACCCUAGCGACUUUAUUUUACCUUUUUAAAGACCCUAUUUCCAAAUACGAUGACAUUCUGGGGUACUGGAUGUUAAGACUUCAACAUAUGGAUUUGGGGACAUACAAUUCAGCCCAUAACUGCCUGCACCCUUUUUUUUCAUAGGGAGCUAACAUUGAGGAGCUCUCCUGAGGAGUUCCUCAUUUACCAGCCCCCAAAUUAUCCAGCAGAGGAAAAAUUUAUUACUUCCACUUCUCAAAGGAGGGAGCUGCAGCUGAGAGAGGAUGACUUUGACAAGGGCACACAUCUGCCAAGUGGCUGAGUUAGGGAAGAUUUAGUGAACACUGGUCUGAUUCAACUCACCUACUUCCUUUGUUUUUUUUAAGAUUUUUAAAUUUUUUUAUUUUUUUAUUUUUGGUUGCGUUGGGUCUUCGUUGCUACAUGCGGGCUUCCUCUAGUUGUGGCAAGCGGGGGCUACUCUUCAUUGCAGUGCACGGGCUUCUCGUUGCGGUGGUUUCUCUUGUUGCAGAGCACGGGCCCUAGGCACGUGGGCUUCAGUAGUUGUGGCAUGCGGGUUCAGUAGCUGUGGCUCACGGGCUCCAGAGCACAGUCUCAGUAGUUGUGGUGCACGGGCUUAGUUGCUCCGCGGCAUGUGGGAUCUUCCUGGACCAGGGCUCAAACCCGUGUCCCUUGCAUUGGCAGGCGGAUUCUUAACCACUGUGCCACCAGGGAAGCCCUCACCUACUUACCUUGUAUCCGCUCCCUGACAGAAACAUCUGGGGACUCCAGCCACACCCCCAGAUACCUCUCCUGUGAGAUCAUCUGCUGAGCGCUGAACCAUCACACCCUGACAUUUCAACCUGAGGAACCCGGCCCCUUCCCCAUGGGCAUGCAGUGCCUUCCCUGCAAACUCACUUCUCUCCUGUGAAUAGUAUUCUCAUGGACAGCAGCACCAUCACCCUGGUAUCCCUAACAGGGUCAUCAAUGUCACCCCAAACACAUCACUGGCCCUCACCUGAAACUAAUAUUGUAAAUCAACUAUAGUUCAAAAAUAUAUAUAUGAAAAUUUUUCACUUCCUAAUAAUUUCACAUUUCAUUAUUUUCUAUAUUCUUGAGGUUAUUUGUGGCUACUGAAUUAGUAUGGUGGAAAUAGACUACAUUGGUGUGCUACUGGCAACUUUUUCCAACUCCAUGGUCAAUGAGUUCAUAUUGACAGUUUUAAAUUGGCCAUUGAUGGGAAUAUAUACACCAGAGAAACUGGCAACACUACAAAGUAUGGCUUGAUUUAUUGGAGUUUUUUGUUUUAUGCUUUUUGUUUUUUUUUUUGCUAUGAAGUUUGCAGGAUCUCAAUUCCCCUACCAGGGAUUGAACCUGGGCCAUGAUGGUGAAAGUGCGGAGUUCUAACAACUGGACUGCCAGGGAACUCCCCUUUAUUUAUUGUAUUGUUGAAUAUUUAGACUUAAAGUAAUGGAAAAUAUAUUAAAAUGCAGAUUAAAAUUAGCUGUAAGUUAUACGUGGUCAUUGCAAUGUACCAAAGAAAAUAAAUAAAUAAAUAAAUAAGGUAGGGUAGAUAUCUUCCAAUAUUCCAGAAUAGUAAAUACAAUUAUUCCUUAGUUAAGAAGUCACAUCACUGAAGAAUGAAGUUGCAACAUAAGUCUUUAUUGUUUCACUAUCUUCUAAUUGGUUAAUGAAAAGAAAAAUAGCCAAAAUUCAUUUUUAAAAAACAGGCAAAGGAUAUGAACAUUCUUACCAGACAUACAGGUGGCAAAUUAACAAAUGAAAAAUGCUCAACAUCAUGAAACAUCAGGGAAGUGGAACUAAAACUACAGUGAAAUACUGUUACACACAUUUAUUAAAAGGGUCAAAAUUGAACUUUGGCACAGUGGUUAAGAAUCCACCUGCCAAUGCAGGGGAAACAGGUUCGAGUCCUGGUCCAGGAAGAUCCCACAUGUCGCGGAGCAACUAAGCCCGUGUGCCACAACUACUGAACCUGCACUCUAAAGCCUGCAAGCCACAACUACUGAGCCCGUGUGCCACAACUACUGAAGCCCACACGCCUAGAGCUCGUGCUCUGCAACGAGAAGCCACUGCAAUGAGAAGCCCGUGCACUGCAACAAAGAGUAGCUCUAGCUCACUGCAACUAAAGAAAGCCCGUGUGCAGCUACGAAGACCCAAUGCAGCCAAAAAUAAAUUAGUUAAUUAACUUUUUUUUAAAAAGCUUUAAAAAAAAAGGGUCAAGGGGCUUCCCUGGUGGCACAGUGGUUAAGAAUCCACCUACCAAUACAGGGGACACAGGUUCGAUCCCUGGUCCGGGAAGAUCCCACAUGCCGUGGAGCAACUAAGGCCGUGCGCCACAACACUAAGCCUUCGCUCUAGAGCCCGCAAGUGACAACUACUGAGCCUGUGUGCCACAACUGCUGAAGCCCGCGUGCCUAGAGCUGGUGCUCUGCAAGAGAAGCCACGGCAAUGAGAAGCCCGCACGAUGAAGAGUAGUCCCGCAACUAUAGAAAACUUGUGCACAGCAAUGAAGACCCAACGCAUACAAAAAAAAAAAAGAAGAAGGUCAAAAUUUAAAAAGUCCCGCCAUACACACCAUUGGCAAAGAUACGGAAUAACUAGAAGUCUCUCACUGUUGGCAGGAAUACAAAAGGGAACAAUUGUGCUAGGUCACAGUUUGAUUCUUCUUGAAAAGUUAUACAUUUAUCUAACCUGUAACUAACGCGCUCUGAGGUAUUAGCACAAGAGAAAUGAAAUAUAUCAGUAUUGAAGAAUUGUACUGAAAUGUCUAUAGCAGUUUUGUUUGAUAUAGCCAAAAACUGGAAACAAUUCAGAUAUCCAAAAAACAGAUGAAGGAAUAAACAAAUUGUGAUAUAUCCAAGUAUAUAGUGAUAUACUCCUCAACAACAUAAAAGGAAUGAACUACCCACAUAAGAACCACUGCUGAAUCUCAAAAUAAAUACACUGCCUGAGGAGAACACCCGGGGGAAAAAAGACUAAACAUUUUAUAAUUCCAUUCAUAUAAAGUUAUAGAAAAUACAAAAUAUUUUAUUAUAGAGUAAAUCAAUGCUUGCCUGGGAGGCCAGGGAGGGUAGAGAGAAAGAGAUUAUUAAAGGGCAUGAGGUAAAUACUGGGUAAUGCAUAGCUUAAUUAUCAUGAUUGUUUGAUGGUCUCAUGGGUUUAUAUGAAUGUCAAAACUUAUCAAAUCGUACAGUAUAAAUAUGGACAAUUUAUUAUUUUUUUUGUGGCUAUUUUAAGUCUUUGUUGCUGCACAUGGGCUUUCUUUAGUUGCCGUGAGUGGGGGCUACUCUUUGUUGCAGUGCACAGGCUUCUCAUUGCAGUGGCUUCUCUUGUUGCAGAGCACGGGCUGUAGGUGUGUGGGCUUCAGUAGUUGUGGCACGUGGGCUCAGUAGUUGUGGCUCACGGGCUCUAGAGUGCAGGCUCAGUAGUCGUGGCGCAUGCGCUUAGCUGUUCCGUGGCAUGUGGGAUGUUCCCAGACCAGGCUCGAACCUGUUUCCCCUGCGUUGGCAGGCGGAUUUUUAACCACUGCACCACCAGGUAAGUCCCAAUUUAUUGUUUAUUAACUGUACCUAAAAAGCGUUAAGAAACAAAAAAAUUCUUACUGUUUUAGAAAAAUAAAGUUUAGCAAACCUAUGUUAACACCACCAUAUCCAUUGUAAUGCCCUGGGAUUGGUGCCUAGCCUCAGUAGUAGCAAAUAUUGGUGAGCAAUGAAGACCAUUUACAACUGACUCAGUAGGAAUGCAGGCUGGGUCACAAAGGCCACAUCAUCGGAAUAAGAGAUCUUCCGUCAUUCCCUCCCUGUUUCCCUGUCUGUGCAGCAAUGGCCUUAAGAUGAACAGCCCAGAGAAGCUGGGCUGUUUAUAGGAAUCCAUUAAACCAUUAGAUUAUUUUCUGAGAAGGCCCUCAGCUAUACAAGAUACACAGUUCUGAAGGUCCUGAGAAUUUCUGCAGUUUCUCAUCCUUCAAAACCAUGGUGCCUGGAACACUGUGGAUACCCUUUUAAAAGAGGGAUAUUCCAGCCAGUUUGCUGCAGUCUCCUGUGAUCUCUACUAAUCAGCUGUUCCUGUAACUAUUAUCAUUCCCCCUAUAAUCUUUCAACCAGGGAUACUACCACACAUGCAGAAUUCUGGAUGUUAGGGCACAUGGCUCCGCUGCAGGAUCUAGGGAACAGACUUCCCUCACUAGUGCUGAGCAGGAUGCAAUAUCUCCUGUGAAUAAGAGAACAAUUUCAUGUUGUUCCCAGAAUUACUGGAGGUUGUCACAACUGCUCCCUCCUCAGGAUAAGCUCUGUCACCACAAAAAAAUACUAGCAUUCAGCCUCCAAAUUAGGACCAAGCAAGCAGGCCCAGACCUGCAGGAGCACUGCCACCAUUCCAUCCACCCAUGAGGCACACGAGGGUCAGGAUCCCACAAAAUCUGUUUCUUUUAUUCUGGCAGAACCCAGUUGUUUUCAAACUAUCCCUUAAAGUGAACAGAACCCUUGAGAUUAAAGGUGACGGAAACCUUAAUGCCUUUGUUAUAGCAGAAAACCAGAACAAUGUAGGCAGCUGUUCCUGGGUCAGUGACUUGGAGGCUGGAAAUUCCAUCACAAGAGUCAUGUGAGACCAACAAAAUCCCCAGAAAAGGUAGUCCAUCUUUACAAGUCACCAGCAGAGCUCAGAUGGAGUCCUCUUGGUCACAACUGGGUCAAGCCCCUGCUCUAACUAAUCAGAGAGAAAGGAGAGUACUCCAGCUUCUCAUGAAGUCCCUGAGAGAAUGAGAAGACACUGAGGUUUCCUGCCCCAAACACACUGGGGUGGGUACAUGAUGUACAAUCUGGGCACCUGCCAGGUGGUGGAGGUGAAUGGCUUCUGCCUUAGAUCUGACAGGACAGUAAUCUGAUAAGAGCUCCAGUAACCUGGAAGGUUAAAACAUGAAGUGCGCCUUCCACAUAUCUGAAAUUUAUGUUGAUGUUUGGAUGUAUGAGGUUCACUUCAGGCAGACGGCACCCUCAAAAGGCACCUCCUUGAGUGUUGUUAUACUGAAGGAAGACAUAUGACGUUUCUUCAUGUCUAAGUUGCUUUUCCUGUGUGAAUUUUGUGGUAAUCAAGAAGGUAAGGCCUUUGGCUUAUGGCUUCCUCACAUUUAACACACCCAUAAGGCCCAAUCCUGUAUGAACUCUGGUGUUGAGUGAGGUUGGAGCUGUGGCUAAAGGCGUUCCACAUUGGUCACACUUAUAAGGUCUUUCUCCUGUGUGAACUCUCUGAUGGUCACUGAAGUUGGAGUUUCAAAUAUGUGGGGUUUUUAACACCAACCAAUUCUCUGCACACGCCAACUGGGUGUCCUACAAUUUAAUUCAGUUCUGAAACUAGGUGCUCAGACUUAGCACAGACCCCACAGCUUAAGGGCUCCAUCCUACAAGACUGCCCAAUCCAAGGUGGAUCCCUAGGUUACCCACACUUCUGUCCAAAUUGACUACAAAUCAGGGGGUUCUCAUGACCACCCUAGCUCGGUUUUGAUAAUCUGCUAGAAUAGCUCACGGAGCGCCAAGGAAACACUUUUACUUACUAAUCUGUUUAUUACAAAGGCUAUUUCAAAGCAUACAAAUGAACAGGCCAGACAAUGAAGUACAGAAGACAAUGUCUAGGAAGGUCCCAAAGCAGAAGCUUCUGCCCUGAGAAGCUUGGUAUGCGCACCCUCCUAGCCCAUUGAUGCAUUCUUGCUUACCAACUAGGAAGUUCUCUUAACCCCAUCCUUUAGGGGUUUUAUGGAGGCUUUGUUAUCUAGUCAUGAUUGAUUAAAUCACUGACCAUUGGAGUUUAACUGAAACUCCAGGUUCUCUUCCAGGAGGUGGGGGGAGAGAAGGCUGACAGUUCCAAACUCUAAUCACAAAAUUGGUUCCUCUAGCAACCAGUCACCAACCAGAGCUUUCUAGGAGCCUUUGAAGGGGUCUCCUCUUUAUCAUGCUCCAAUAUGAGAGGCUUGAAAUGUUCUCUUCAAAAUAUCAUCAGGUUAUUCUUAUCCGCCCAGAGUUUGGGAAACAUAACUCCAGGCCACUCAAUGUGAUGCUCUCACACUCAGUUUUGAACCACUGGUCAUAAGAGAAAAAAACAGCAUGAAAAGCUUCUCCAAUUACAGGACAAAUUCCACUUCACUCUGUUAUCAAAGCUACAAAAUAUAGUAAAUCCCACACAGUAGAUUGUCCCAGGCCCCUUACAUGUUUUUGAGUAAAUCAGUAAUCUGAGGUGGGCAGGAACAUUAAGGGCAUCAUGCCUCACAGCAAGUUCUCACAAAAGGAUUGCUCCAAGAUACAUAGUUUUGUUUUGUUUUAAUAGUAUAAAUGCUCUUACAUAUGGAGUCUCAUCUCUUUUCCCUGCUUCUUUUUUUUAAAUAAAUUUUUUUAUUUAUUUACUUUUGGCUGCGUUGGGUCUUUGUUGCUGCGCUCACGCUUUCUAUAGUUGCAGCGAGCGGGGGCUACUCUUCCUUGCAGUGAGCGGGCUUCUCAUUGUGGUGGCUUCUCGUUGUGGAGUAUGGGCUCUAGGCGCACGGGCUUCAGCAGUUGUGGCAUGCGGGUUCAUUAGUUGUGGUUCGUGGGCUCUAGAGCGCAGCAGGCUCAGUAGUUGUGGCACACGGGCUUAGCUGCUCCGCGGCAUGUGGGAUCAUCCCGGACCAGGGCUCGAACCCGUGUCCCCUGCACUGGCAUGUGGAUUCUUAACCACUGCGCCACCAGGUAAGUCCUCCAAGAUACACAGUUAAGUGAGAAAAGCAAAGUGCAUAUCUUUAUAUGAAAUAUGACUUUAUUUUUACUAAGAAAAGCAGCUUGUAUAGGACUAUAUUUUAGCAUAUAGAUAACACACAGAUAGCAAUCCAUGUGCAGAAGCAAUCCUAAACUGAUCCUAUACUACAAGCUUUGUUUUUCCUCCAAGAGGUUUAAUUAUCUGACACUUAUGACAUUCUAUUUUAUAAUUGUAUAUAGUGUAGGACAUCUUCAUAAACACUACAAAACAUUUUAUACUUUUCUUAUAUUAGGAAUCAAAUAUGUACUGAUCCGGUUUUUUUUUUCCAACUUCAGCUAAAAAAUCCUACAUAUUUAGACAGAACACCUGUAAAUUGCAAGAAAUGCAGGUAUAUGUCUCUGCAGAAUACACAGCAGAAUGAUACAUAUUUCUUGAGCAUGUAUCAUUAUCACUUGGAAGCUUGUUAAAACACAAAUUCUUUGGUCUGGCCCACAGAGUGCCUCAUUCAGGUCUGGGUUCAGAAUUGAGCAUGUGCAUUUUUUUCCUCUUUUUUUUGUGGUACUCUCACUGUUGUGGCCUCUCCCGUUGUGGCCUCUCCUGUUGCGGAGCACAGGCUCCGGACACGCAGGCCCAGCGGCCACGGCUCACGGGUCCAGCCGCUCCGCGAUAUUUGGCAUCCUCCCGGACCAGGGCACGAACCCGUGUCCCCUGCAUCAGCAGGCGGACUCUCAACCACUGCGCCACCAGGGAAGCCCCAUGUGCAUUUUUAAUGAGUCCCCUGGUGACACUGAUGGUGAAGGUCCUGGGAUCAAAGUCUGAAAAUCAGGGUUCUAGGAAAGGUGAGCAUGCCUGGUUUCAGGCCCCAGUUCAACAUAGUGGAAAUUUUCAAGCUCUGAGAGGCAGAGCCAAGACUUUCUACCCACAUGCCCUGAGUGUCUCUGCAGUGAGCAAAGGAGAGGAAUGGCCAGCUGGGCUGGUGUCCUUCACUCUGCACUGCUGAGGAGACCUGUGAAGCCUCCACCCACUGAACAGCCUGGUCACCUGCUUCUUCUCCCCAAAAUUUAUUGCAGAAGUACCCAGCGGGCUCAUCUCUUACGUCCUUCAAGUGUUUUCUCAAAGGCCCUCUUAUUAAAAAUAUUUCCCUUUCUGUGCUGUGUAAUAUUAUACUCCAUACUGUACGUCUCAGGAUACUCACCUUGCCUUCUUCUCCCAAUUUGUCUGCCACAUUAUAACAUAUUAUACAAUUAGUCUUUUCUGUUUCUGGUCUUUCUUCCUUGAGUACAAUGUAAUUCCUAUGAAUUCAGGGUUCUUUGUCUCUGUUAUGACCCAAUGUCUCCCAUGUACCUACAGUAAUACCUAAAACCAACUGUUUGCUCAUUGAUCAUUAGUGAGACCAGGGACUAAAUAUGACAUCUCAGCUUCCCUGUAUAUUUUUACAACUCUGGUUACUCUGAAUGUCUCCUUUAACUCUCUCCUUCCAUGCUGGUAUUGCUCAAAAAUUUCAAGAAUAAAAGAAUCAGGACUUCCCUGGUGGCGCAGUGGUUAAGAAUCUACCUGCCAGUGCAGGGGACACAGGUUUGAUCCCUGGUCCGGGAACACCCCACAUGCCAUGGAGCAACUAAGCCCGUGCGCCACAACUACUGAGCCUGCAUGCUGCAACUACUGAAGCCCAUGCUCCUAGAGCCCGUGCUCCGAAACAAAGAGAAGCCACUGCAAUGAGAAGCUCACACACAGCAACGAAGAUUAGCCCCCGCUCACCGCAACUAGAGAAAGCCCACACACAGCAACGAAGACCUAACACAGACAAAAAAUUAAUUAAUUAAUUUAAAAAAAAGAAUAAUGGUAGUAUUUAAAAAAAGAAUGAAGAAGAGUCAUAUUUUGGAGAUAAAACCUUCAGAGUGACCAUUCUAGUCAUGUAGUCAUAGGCUCAGCUUAAUUCUAUGUCUUCUCAGACAUCACAUCUAAAACUCUGAGGCCUGACCUUUUUCCAUCAUCCACUGAUGUUUCACCAAAACUAUUUCUGCUACUACUUUGAAUCACUACAUAGACAUUAUGAAUAGCUGUUUGUAAUUUGCAUUUUACAACUAUUUUUCUGAGAUAACAUCAGUUCUUCAUGCAAACAGUCCCUGCAUCAAAAAAGAAAUGAUAAUCAUUUCCCAGCAAUGAAAUCGUAAAUUUAAGAUACUCCCAGUAUCUCCAGGGCAAGAGUACCUUUUGUAUACAUCCUCCAACUGUGAACACUGCAGCCAUUGUACAGUAAAAGUAGCAUGUUUCUCAUUGUCCUCUUUUUGAGAUUGAUGGUAGAUUCCUAAAAGGAACUGAAUAUAUGUCAGCGUAUCAAGUAAGAGAUAUUAAAUGGUUAAAAGUGUUGUUCAAUGUAUUAGACAGAAUAAUUGACUCUAAAGGCAGGAGAGAUGUUUUCUUUGGAAACCACAGACUGAUCUGUUAAAGAAAAAUUACUCAGACGCUUGUAAAAAAGUUGGGAUUUGUAGCCAAGGAGGAAGGGCGGUGGUGUCAGUGGAUAAAAAAUUACUAAGAGAGCAGGGAAUUUCUUCCUAAACUGACCUAAACAAUUCUUCCAGAAGGUGUAGGUCAGUGUGAUCAGUUAUUACCUGUGUGAUGGUGAGGGAUGAGGAAAUUUCAUCAGAUAUCAGUGGCUAUCAGACAUUUAGGAUGGGAAAUUCUUGCCAAACCCACUUAGCAGAAUUCUUGCUCUUGAGGACAAGGCCCAAAGACUGGGUCUAAUAAAAUAAAAAAUAAAAUAAAAUAAAUAAAGAAAAAAAGCUUAGAGGGGCAUGACUAAAGUUUAGUCAAGGAGAGGCUCUGUUAGAUCUAUUUUUGUACUCCUGAUUGAGGGUGGCCCAAUAUACUUCCUCUGUCUUCCUUGACAGAACACGAUCUGGAGUAUUUUCUCUCUUGCCCCUGACCAAAUGUACAUAGACUGGAAAACUAACUUUAUGCUUUGGAGUGCAUGAAUUUGAAUUGAAAUAAGAUAAUGUUUAUUAGCUUCCGCUAACAAACACAUUUUGUGUCUGAUUCUAUAAAAAUAUGUUCGUUUGGUUUUGUAGCCUUUGGGGGCAUCUGAAAUUGUUUGUUUGAAUCUCUCUUCCCCACCCUCCCUCACCCCACCCCCACCCCACCCCCACCCCCGUGCCGUGCCCCGCGGCUUGCGGGAUUUUAGUUUCCCCACCAGGGAUUGAACCAGUGCCCUCAGCAGUGAAAGCCAGAGUCCUAACAACUGGACCUCCAGGGAAUUCCCUGAAAUAGUAUUUUUAGCUUCUGGGAGCAUGCCAAUCUUCACCGAGUACGAAAUUAUAUGUCUCCAAACACUUGGGUGAUCAGCUGCAGAGAGCAUUUGGCAAAAAUAGGAUCAUGAUACCUUUAAAGGUGGGGUGAAGCUCACCUGGAUAUAUCUUUUCCCAACUCCCCUCCUGGCAAAGCUAGUCCUUUCUAGCAGGAAGUCCAGUCUCCUCAGUGUGUGGAUCUGUUGGGACUACAUUACCCAGAAUGCUCAGUAUCGAGCGGCAGGAACGCUACCCAAUGAACGCUUAGAGACAGGAGGCCGCAUGAUGUCAGGGCGGAACUUCUGGCUCCCUUUUCACAGCGGCCAUGUUAGCUACUCUUGGUUUUGUUUGACCAGUGUGAGAGAUUUAGGAAUUGUGGGUCCACCUCGAGGUGACGGAAUUGAGAAGGUCCGAGAGGAGGGGCUGUCUCCGCGGCAUACAGGCGGGUCUGAAGUUCGGCGACGCCGCCCGGGGGCCCCGUGCCAGGCCCAGGAGAGGGUCCGCCGUCCCUGCGUCCCGCCUCUCCCGGCCCCGCUCCGCCCACAGAGUCCGAUGGCGGCGGCGGCGCUGAGGAACCUGCCUCAGGGCAGUGUGACCUUUGAGGAUGUGGCCGUGUACUUCUCCUGGGAGGAAUGGGAUCUCCUUGAUGAUGCUCAGAGAUGCCUGUACCACAACGUGAUGCUGGAGAACUUGGCACUUAUAACUUCCUUGGGUUGUUGGCAUGGAGCAGAGGAUGAAGAGGCACCUCCUGAACAGAGCAUUUCUGUAAAUAGAAUGUCACAGGUCAGUACUCCCAAGGCAGGUGUGUCCACCCAAAAGGCCCAUUUUUGUGAGAUAUGCGGCCCGGACUUGGGAGACAUUUUGCACUUGACUGAGCACCAGAGGCAGAAACUGUACGAUAUUGGGGCAUGGGAGCAGCAGUUGUAUUUCAGUGCAAAACUUCAUCACCAAAAGCAGAACAUUGGCGAGAAAUGCUUCAGAAGCAACAUGGACAGAGCCUCAUUUAUGAAAGACUGCAAAUUUUUUGUGUUAGGGAAGUCCCUUUCCCAUGGGGAGUCCACAUACACCAGGGAGAAGUCAAACAGGGGAACUGAGUGUGGAGCUGCCUUUCACAGGGGGAAAACUCAUUAUAACUCUGGAGAAUGUACUGAAGACUUUAGUUGCAAACACAUGCUUUUUCAGCACCAAAGAGUCCCCACUAGAGAAAAAUGCUACAUGUGCAGCGAAUGUGGGAAAUCUUUUAGCAAAAGCUACAGCCUCAAUGACCAUUGGAGAGUUCAUACUGGGGAAAAGCCUUAUGAGUGUGGGGAAUGUGGGAAAACCUUUAGGCAAAGCUCUAGCCUCAUUCAACACCGGAGAGUUCACACUGGAGCGAGGCCUCAUGAGUGUGACGAAUGUGGAAAAUUAUUUAGCAACAAAUCCAACCUCAUUAAACAUCGGAGAAUUCAUACUGGGGAAAGGCCAUAUGAGUGUAGUGAAUGUGGGAAAUCCUUUAGUGAAAGCUCUGCACUCCUUCAACACCGGAGUGUUCACACUGGAGAAAGGCCUUAUGAGUGCAGUGAGUGUGGGAAAUUCUUUACCUACCACUCCAGUCUUAUAAAACACCAGAGAGUUCACUCUGGAUCAAGGCCCUAUGAGUGCAGUGAAUGCGGAAAAUCCUUUACUCAAAACUCUAGCCUCAUUGAACACCAUAGAGUUCAUAGUGGAGAAAGGCCUUAUAAGUGCAGCGAAUGUGGGAAAUCUUUUAGCCAAAGCUCUGCACUUCUGCAACAUCGGAGAGUUCACACUGGAGAAAGGCCUUAUGAGUGCAGCGAAUGUGGGAAAUUCUUUACUUACAGCUCCAGUCUCUUGAAACACCAGAGAGUUCACACUGGAUCAAGGCCUUAUGAGUGUAGUGAAUGUGGGAAAUCCUUUACUCAAAACUCCAGCCUCAUUAAACACAGGAGAAUUCACACUGGAGAAAAACCUUAUGAGUGCAGCGAAUGUGGGAAAUCUUUUAGCCAUAGCUCCAGCCUCAUUAAACACCGAAGAGUUCACACUGGUUAAAGGCCUGAUGAGUGCAGUGAAUGUGGGAAAUCCUUUACCCAUAGGUCCAACUUCAGUGACCACUAGAGUGUUCAUAUUGGAGAAAGGCUUUAUGUGCACUUGAAUGUGGGAAAUUCAUCUCCAGACUCCUAAAACACCAUAGUGUCACAUUGGAGCAAAGCCUUAUGAGUAUGGCAGAUGGGGAAAAUCCUUUGACCAAAGUCUAGCCUCAGUACACUCCAGAGAAUUCACAGUGGAGAAAGGCCUUAUAACUUGUAAAUUCAGUGAGUGUGAGAAAGCCUUCCGCUGAAGAACAUACCUCAUGGGAUACCACAGAUUCCAAAUGGGAGAACUACCUUCAAUGUGCAGGUAUAUACGAUUUCUUUGUUCAGUGCAACAACACAGGAGGAGAUCCCUUAUGAAGAUGCCAUUUGCCUGUAUUGAACCAGAUACAUCCAAACAUCCACUUAAAUUCCAGGUAUGUGGGAGCUGCAUUGCACUUUUUAACCUGUCCAGGGCCCUUGCCAGAUUUAUGUCACCGCCAGUUCUGUAGCAGAAGUCAUUUCACCUCUAACCACCUGUCAGUUGCCCAUAGUGUGCAAUAUUCACCCAACCUAGGAAAGAAACCCCAGUGCUCUCCCACUUGCGGGAUGAUUCAUGAGUAGCUUGAACACUUAGUCUUUCCCAGUUUUUUUUCCUCCCUUAUGAGUUAAAUCAUGGACCUUACCCAGUUUUGGCCUAGAGGACUCCGUUGGUGAUUUGAAAAGAUGGACUACAUUUUUCAGUAAUAUUAUUGAUCUCAUGAGACUCUAGUGAUGGGAUUUUCCAGCCUCCAAGUCACUAGCCUGGGGAACAGUCUGCCUCCCAUUGCUCUUGUUUGUAUAAUAAUAAAGGUCUUAUUGUUUAAGACACCAUUGAUCUUAGGGGUUCUGUUCACUGUAUGGGGUGGUUUGUUGUAAACUGGGUUUGUUGGCUUGAGAUGAACUGCUCUGGUCAGGAUCCCAAACUGUGUGCCUUGGCAGGGACAGUAUUAUGACAGAAUAUGCCUCUCCAGUUUUGGCCUAGGUUGCAUUGGUGCUCAAAACCUUCAAGGAAAGACUGCAGGGCUUUGUGGUGUUAAUUUUUAGAUGGCAUGCCAUGAUGUUUUGUAGGUUCAGAGUUCAAACUGAGGAGGGGGCUGUUUCUGGUUGCUGUGACAACCUUCAGUGCUUUUGAGAGCAACAUAAACUUAUUCUCUUGUUCACAGGCGAUAUUUCAUCGUGCUCAGCACUGUUGAGGGAAAUCUGUUCCCCAGGUCCUGCAGCAGAGCUAUGUGCCCUGAUGUCCUGAAUUCUGUAGGGUAACAUCAAUGAUUUUAAGAUUAAAGGGGCCAGGGAAGUGAUAAUUGUUACAGAAACACUGGAUUAAUAGAGAGUGGAGGAGACUACAACAUAAUGGUUAGAAUGUGCCUCUUUUAAAAGGUCACUCACGACGUUUAGUCACUAUGGUUGUGAAGGAUGAGCAGGUACAGAAAUUCUCAGGACAUCCAGAACUGUAUAUCCUGUGUAGCUGAAGGCCUUAUCAAAACGUUUUGUGGGGCUUCCCUGGUGGCGCAGUGGUUGGGAGUCUGCCUGCUGAUGCAGGGGACGCAGGUUCGUGUCCCGGUCCAGGAGGAUCCCACAUGCUGCGGAGUGGCUGGGCCUGUGAGCCAUGGCCGCUGGGCCUGUGCGUCCAGAGCCUGUGCUCCGCAACAGGAGAGGCCACAGCAGUGAGAGACCCACGUACCAAAAAAAAAAAAACAAACAAAAAAAAACAACGUUUUGUGGAUUCCUGUGGCUUCUCUGGGCUGUUCACCUAAGGCCAUUGCUGUGCAAACAGGAAAACAAGGAUAGAGAGAAGAGAGAUUCUUAGUCUAGUGAUAUGGUAUUUUUGACCCAUCCAGUAUCCCUGUUGAAUGAAGUGGAAAUAGUCUUUGUUUCCACUUCAAAAAUUUCUCACUUAUUUUUGCUGCCUCUGAGGCAAGUGCUGAACCUGCCCAUUGAGUCAGUAUGGUUGCCAAAACUGAUUUUCUAGAGUAGGAAAUCCAGAAUUUUAAGUUGAAUCAUAUUUUUAAAUUUUUACUAAGUAUAAAUUAUAUGCAGUAAAUAUCUAUAUUUAAACUAUAAAAUUUGAUAAAUUUUGAUAUCUAUAUAAAUCCAUGAAACCAUCAAUCAUUAUAAUAAACGUUUCUGUCACCUCCAUACUUACCUUUAAUAAUCCUUUAAUAACCUCUUUGUCCUCCAAGCAGCCAUUGAUUUGCUUUUCGUUAUAACAAAUUAGUUUGCAUUUUCUAGAAUUUUAUAUGAUUGAAAUUAUAAAGUCUUUUCUUUUUUUUCCUUGGGUGCCCUCAUGUGGCAUAUUUAUUUUGCAGUUCAUGGUGCUUACAUGAGUAGUUCAUCCUUUUUAUGUUAUUGAAAAGUGUGUUGUAUUGCUAUAGCACUAUUUAUUUAUUUAUUCAUCUGUUUUUGGAUGUUCUAAUUGUUUCCAGUUUUGGCUAUUGCAAAUAAAAGUGGUACAGAAAUUGGAUACAGUUCUUCAUAUUGACAUAUUUCCUUUCUCUUGUGUUAACACAUCAAAAUGCAAUACCUGAAUCAUAGUGUAGGUAAUAUAUAACUUUUAAAAUUUAUUUUAUUUAUUUUCUUUGGCUUCAUUUGGCCUUCGUUGCUGCGUGGGCUUUCUCUAGUUGCAGCGAGUAGGGGCUACUCUUCCUUGCGGUGAGCGGACUUCUCAUUGCGGUGGCUUCCCUUUGUUGCAGAGCACAGGCUCUAGGGCAUGUGGGCUUCAGUAGCUGCAGCACAUGGGCUCAGUAGUUGUGGCUCACUGGCUUUAGAGUGCAGGCCCAGUAGUUGUGGUACAUGGGCUUAGUUGCUCUGCAGCAUGUGGGAUCUUCCCGGACCAGAGCUCAAACCUGUGUCCCCUGCAUUGGCAGGUGGAUUCUUAACAACUGUACCACCAGGGAAGGCCCUAUAAAACUUUUUAAGAAACACCAAAUUGUCCUCUAAAAUGAUUGUUUCCUUUUGUAUGCCUAUUAGCAGUGUAUGAGAGUUCCAGUUCUCCCAUAUCCUUGCUAAAGUGGAUAUGGUUAGCUUUUAAAAUUUUGACUUUUUUAGUAAAUAUAUAGCAUUAUGUCACUGUGGUUUUAGUUGCAUUUCCCUGAUAUUUCAUGAUGUUGAGCAUAGCUUGUGUACAGGAAAUAUGGAAGAAGAGUGAGCAUGUUAAACAUUUUGAAAGACUCAAUAAACCAAAUUUAGAUUGUGGCAAAUUCUAAUGAACAAAUGGCUUAGCAGCUUCAUCAAGUGAAUAAUAUGAAUUAAAAAAUGGUAAGUGGUACAUAGAGGUUAAAAACAUGCAAGACACACCUAAUUAUUGCCAAAGAUAAAUUUUGUAUCCAGAUUGCAAUCAAUCUGCAUCAAAUAAUACAGUUGACAAAAUUCAGCACUUACAACAGUUUAUCAUACUUUUAAGUAUUUUGAUUUUUUGCAACAAAGUUAUUGGAGUUAUAUAAGGGCCUUUACAUUUUAGAAACACAUCCUGAAGGGGUUAUAUGUGAAUUGACAUGAUGUCUGUGAUUAUAAAUAAACCACUAAGUGCAUUGGGAUAUAGAGAAUAAGAACAACCAUGAAAUAAUAAUGACAGAAUCAUUACUUCUUACUAGUCUUUUCCAUUUUGGGAUAUAUUUGAAAAUAGCCAUUACAAAGGGUAGAGUAUGUGCAGGUAGGGUAAUUUCAUAUGGUGAGAAGGAUAAAUUUAAAAGGCCAGGAGGAAACUUUUAGUUUUGAUACUCUAAGUGGAUAUUUUAAAUAUGAGCAGUUUAAGUCAAUCAUGUCUGAACUAAACUGUUUAAAAAACAAAUCUUCAAAACUUGUCACUACCUAAUCUUUUUGUUUUCAUUUUCAUAGAUACUUUUGUAUGUGUGUCUGUGUGGCCAUAUUCCAUUUUAUUUGAUCUGAUAUAGAAAAUCCUACAUAGGUUUUUGUUUUGUUUUGUUUUGUUUUUUUGUGGUACGUGGGCCUCUAACUGUUGUGGCCUCUCCCGUUGUGGAGCACAGGCUCCAGACGAGCAGGCUCAGUGGCCAUGGCUCACGGGCCCAGCCGCUCCACGGCAUGUGGGAUCUUUCUGGACUGGGGCACAACCCCGUGUCCCCUGCAUCAGCAGGCAGACUCUCAACCACUGCACCACCAGGGAAGCCCCUACAUAGGUUUUUAGGGUAUUUGUAACUUUAAAAUAGAAAGAAACAAUUAGCAUUAUCUAUAGAAAUUUAGAACAGGAAAAAACCUUAGAUGUCAUGAGACCCAUUUUUCUUCUUUCACAGAUAAGUAAAUUAGGGCCCAGGAAGUGGAAGUGAGUGACUUGCACAGCUAGUUAGUAGCAGGAUUGGAAGUAAACCCAGGUUUAGUAACACUUUGGUCCAAUGUUUUGUUUUGUUUCAUAUUUACAUUUUUAAUUUUUUUACUUAAAGACUUUAUUUUUUAAGAGCAGUUUUAAGUUCAUAACAAAAUUAAGAGGAAGGUGCCCUGCCCCUACACAUUCAUCACCUCCUUCAUUAUCACCAUCCCCUACCAGAGUGGUACUUUUGUUAUAAUCUUAUAAUCGAUGAACCUACAUUGAUACAUUUUUGUCACCCAGAGUCUAUAUAGUUCAUAUUAGGAUUUACUGCUGGUGGUGUAUGUUCUGAGUUUGAACAAAUUUAUAAUGAUAUGUUGCAUCACUAUAGUGUCACACAGAGUAGAUUCACUGCCCUAAAAUUCCUCUAUUCUGUGUAUUGAUCCCUGCUUUUCCCCCACAUUACCUGGGAACCACUGAUCUUUUUUUACUAUCUCCAUAGUUUUGCCUUUUCCAGAAUGCCAUGUAGUUGGAAUCAUACGAUAUAUAGCUUUUUCAGAUUGGCUGUUUUCACUUAGUAACAUGCACUUAAGGUUCCUCCAUGUCUUCUUAUGGCCUGAUAGUACAUUUCUUUUUUAAAACUGAAUGAUAUUCCAUUGUCUGGAUAUGCCACCAUUUAUACAUUCACCUACUGAAGGAGACAUCUUGGUUGCUUCCAAGUUUUGGCAAUAUGAAUAAAGCUACUAUAAACAAUUAUGUACAGGUUUUUGUGUGAACAUAAGUUUUUGACUCCUUUGGGUACAUACCAAGGAGCACAAUUCCUGAUAAGAAUAUGUUUGUUUUCUAGGAAACUGCCAAUGUCUCUUCCAAAGUGUCUGCACUAUUCUCACCAGCAAUGAAUGAGAGUUUCUGUUGUUACACAUCCUCACCAGCAUUUGGUGUUUUCAGUGUUCUAGAUUUUGGAUUCUAAUAGAUGUGUAGUGGUAGUUCAUUGUUGAGGAUUUUUGCAUCAAUGUUCAUGAGAAAUAUUGGUCUGAAAUUUUCUUGUAAUGUCUUUUGUUUUGGUAUUAGGGUAAUGCUAGUCUCUGAAAAUGAGUUAGGAAUUAUUCCCUCUGCUUCUAGCCUCUGAAACAGGUAGUAGAGAAUUGGUAUAAUUUCUUCCUUAAAUGUUCACUAGAAUACACCAGUGAACCCAUUUCAGUAUGGUGUACUCUGUUUGGGGAGGUUGUUAAUUACUGAUUCAAUUUCUUCUGUUGCUUUAUUUUUAUCUUUUUCUGUUAUUCCUGUUACUCAUAAUUUAUAGCUUUUGUAGUUGUCUAACAGUUCUUGAGUAUUCUGUUUUGUUUUUCAAUCCUCACCCCUCCCCGUUUUGGGGGUUUCUAUUGAGAUAUCCUCAGGUCAGAUUCUUUUCUUAGCUGCAUCCAGUCUACGAAUUAAGCUCAUCAAAAGCAUUCCUCAUUUUUGCUACAGAAUUUUUGCUCACUAGCAUUUCUCUUUGGUUCUGUUUUAGAAUUUCCAUCUCAGUUUACAUUGCAUGUCUGUUCUUGCAUGCUGUCUACUUUAUCCAAUAGAGCACUAAGCAUAUUAAUCAUAAUUGUUUUGAAUUCCUGGUCUCAUAAGUCCACAUCUCUGACUUGUCUGAGUUUGGUUCUGAUACUUGCUCUGUCUCUUCAAACUUUCUUUUUCUUUUUUCUCUUCAAACUUUUAAAAACAUUUUUAUUAUGCCUUAAAGUUUUUUCUUGAUAGCUAAGUAUGAUGUGCUCAGUAAAAGGAACUGCUGUAAAUAGGUCUUUUAAGUGAUUUUAAGGUGUGGGGAGAGGGGAAGUGUUCUAUAGUCCUAUGAUUAGGACUCAAUAUUUCUUUUUCUUUUUGCAUUAUAACUUCCUCUUUAACCUAUUAGGUCUUUAGAAAUGUUUUCUUAAAAAUUUCCAAACUUUGGAUGUUUUGUUUGUGGUUUUAAGUUUUCUGUAAAAAAAAUAUUUUAACUUGACACAUAAUGUAGGUCCCAGUGUUUUAGUGAGGUUCUCCUACUGGACUGUGAACUUCACAUGUGCCUUUUCAGUCUCUCCUCUAACUUAGGUGGAAACAGGAUGGCUAGAGUGGGCUCGAGUUGGGUAUUUUCCUUCCCCCCAGGCAUUUAGGCUCUGAUAAAACCUAAGGCUCUGCUUUAAAAUUUUCUCCUGGAGCAGACUUUGCAUAAAGAACAGAAUGCUUUGGCAUAUUUGAAAAUGGUUCCUUUUCCUUUCUCCCUGCUGGAAGCAUGACAGGAUUUUUCUCGGAUAUUCACUGCGAGAAACAGGUAGAACUCUAGAAGAUAAAACUCAACAGAAGUGUGGGUUUUCUUCCCCAUGACUGGGCUCCCCUGGAGUUCUUCUCUCUCAGAUUUGUCCCCACUGAGAGGAAUUUGUCAAUUACAGUUCAGGUUUCCCUGUCCUGGCAUUGGUUACCACGGUGAUUUCAGCUUGUGGGUUUCUGCUUCAGUAACUUGUGAUUCUCUGUGUUACCCUUUCAAUCUCUCCAAUUUGGGGACAGUGGUUUGCCCUGUGACCACACUUCAUUUAGGAAUCUAAGAAGAGUUGUUUAUUUUUUCAGUCUGUUUAGGCUUUUGCUUGUUAGGAUGGAGUGGCAAAUGCCAGAUUUUUAUAUCCUUGACCGGAAACCAGAGGUACCUUCCUGCCCUUUUUAUUUCAUCCUUCUGAACAGAUUAAAUUUCUGAUACACUGGCACUGCUAUGAUCUGAAUGUUUGUGUUCCCUUCAAAUUCAUAUGUUGAAAUCCUAAGCCACAUAGGUGAUGGUAUUGGGAGGCUGGGCUUUUUGGAGGUGCUUAAAUCAUGAGAGUGGACCCCUCAUGAAUGGAUUAGUGGCUCAUAAUAGAGGCCCCAGAGAGAUCCCUAACCCCUUACACCUUGUGAGGACAGAGCAAAAAAUCAGCAACAUUGAAGAGGACCCUCACCUGACCAUGCUAAGCACCUUGAUCUCUGACUUCCAGUCUCCAGUACUGUGAGAAAUAAUUAUCUAUUGUUUAUAAAACAUCCAGGCAGUGAUAUUUUGUUAUAACAGCCAGAACAAACUAAGACACAUUCUAUCUUUUGUUACAGCUAUUUUCAAAUAUAUACAGAAAUGGGAAAAACUAUAUCAUGACACCAAAUGAAGGCUUCCUCAAUCUUCCACCAUUAUUUAUCAUUUAAUGGCCAUUCUUGUUUUGUCCAUCUUCACAUACACUAGUGGAUUAUUUAAUUUAUGAUCUCAGACAUUACAUCAUUUAAUGCAUAACUUCUUGAGAAUGCAUUUUUUAAUGUGAGGGCUAUUUCAUAACCCCAAUAGCUACCACACAAAAUAUAUUUUAAAAUAUGAUAAAUAUGUUAUCACUGCUCAAUUAUCUCAAAAGUUUUGUGUUUCCUAAGUCAGAUUAAUCAGUUAGGAUCCAAAAUGUAUUAUGGCUUUCAGAAGCUGUCUCAUAAGUCUCUUCACCUAUAAGUUCCAUCUACCUUUUUUAUUCUUAUUAUUUGUUGAUGUUGCUGAGUUAUUUGUCAUUUUCUAGGUGCGGUUUGUUGAAUCUCUGAUACUGUUUAAUGAUCACCCUUUCCUCGUAUUUCCUGUACACAAGAUAUUGAUGAGAUGAGUGAUUGAAAUUUCAUCCCAGCAGUUAGAUUGUGAUGGUGACUGUUGGGGAAAUAAAAACAAAAUCUCCCAACCCACAGAUCCUGUCCAAAAAGGUGGUAGAGACAGAAAACACGUUCAUUGUUUGCAGUGUGUGUUUUCUAACCUCACCAAACAAUCAAUUCUGACAUUAUCUCCCUGGAGGUAGCAUGAGAUCCCACAAGUGAAGGACUCAGUCCCACAAGUCUUCCUCCACUUCAGAUAUCUUUCAAAAGUCCAGGUUGUUACCUCUGCUUCUGAGCGACUGGCUAUAAAUCAGAAAUUCCCAUGACCCCCUCCUGGAGUUUGAUUAUUUUGCUAGAGCAGCUCACAGAACUCAGGGAAACAUGUACUUAAAUUUAAUAGGCAGAUGAAGUAUUAUAUAGGACGAGUUCUGGAAGGGUCUGGAGCACAAGAAUGUCUGUCCUCAUGGAACUGAAGUCUGUCACCCUCCCAGUACGUUUAGAGACUUGGAAGCUCCUUAAAUCUUGUUCAAGAGUUUGUAUAGAGCUUUAAACUCCAGCUCUCUCCUCACACCCCCUUCCUGGAGGUCAGUGGGUGGGGCUAUUUAGGACCCCCAACCUAAAUCACCUCUUGAAGCAUAAAUUCAGUUGUGCUCAAAAGGGACCACUUGGGACUUCCCUUGUGGUCCAGUAGUUAAGAAUCCUUCUUCUGGGCUUCUCUGGUGGUGCAGUGGUUACGAAUCCGCCUGCCAAUGCAGGGGACACAGGUUCAUGCACUCGUCCAGGAAGAUCCCACAUGCCGCGGAGCAACUAAGCCUGUGCACCACAACUACUGAGUCUGCGUGCCUAGAGCCCUUGCUCUGCAGCAAGAGAAGCCACUGCAAUGAGAAGCCCAUACACAGCAAUGAAGAGUAGCCCCCACUCGCCGCAUCUAGAGAAAGCCUGCAUGCAGCAAAAAAGACCCAAUGCAGCCAAAAAUAAAUAAAUUAAAAAAAAAAAAGAAUCUGCCUUCCAAUGCAGGGGACACGGGUUCAAUUCCUGGUCAGGGAACUAAGAUUCCCACAUGCUGUGGGGCAACUAAGCCCACAUGCCACAACUACUUGAGCAUGCAAGCCACACCUAGAGAGCCCACGUGCUGCAACUACAACAACAGAAGGGGCCUGUUAUGAGUGACAAAAGAUAUUCCUGUCACUCAGGAAAUUCCAAGGGUUUUAGAAGCUCUGCCAGGAUCUGGGGACAAAGGCCAAUUAAAUUUCUCAUUAUACCAUAUUAUUGGGUUAGUAUUAAAGCAGGAUGUGAUGUGCAUCCAAAGCCAUCUGCUAAGAAAUUGCAAAGACAGAAAAAUAACCAAAAAAGCCUCACUCCCUUAUAUAGACAAGCACAUAGAACCCAUUAUUUACAUGUUUUCAAGAUAAAUAUAACUAGUCUUCAAGUAACAGGACUUGACAGCACUGUGAAAGAUGAAAUAAAAUGGAGUCGCUUAUGUCAAGGGGUUUUUAAAUGGAGCUGAGAGGCCAUUAAAGAAGUGGGUCUUACGCACGUCCACACCAGGUGAACUGGAAUGGGCCAAACCACAAGUGUUUCAAGAACUCUGCAAAAGUACCUUGCUCCAGUAACAUUUUUGCUUAGUGACACCUUUAGCAACCAAACAUGCUUAGCCAAGACUAGCUUUCUGCCGCCAGCAGCAAUCAAAAUACUUUGAAUUAUGUAGACAUUCCGCUUUUUGUCUUUAAAAACCCGACUUUCACUCCCUAGUAGGACACUAUUUGGGUUGCUACCCGAAUCUGUGUAUCCUGAGUUGCAAUUCUUUGACCCAAAUAAACGCUUCUGCUUGAUUUUGCCUCAAUAUUUUCUGGUUGACAGCAUCACUUGUCACAGAUAGUUUAUCCUAACUAUACCUGGUAAUUGGGGUGACCAUCUGUGUUAGCAAAUUGGCUUUAUCUAGAGGAAAGACAAACUACUUUGGGAAGUUUUUUCAAAUUGGAACAAGGAACCCACCGAGGUGAGGCUCCUACCUUCCCUCGGGUACCGGGAGAUAGGUGAGCUAGCUCCCUUGCUGUUUGCAUUUCAAGAAGCUGGGUCUAAAGAUGUUUCCAUUUUAAAGAAAUGGCUCCUAGGUUCUUAAGAAAGACUAUUCUGGGUCAUGAAUCUGAAAAACAAAAAAGCCCAACUGACAAAAGUCCUAUCUAGUAUUCAAGUGGAUGCAUUUUAAAGAGAUAAGGAAGUGCUUAGAAGUUCUCUAAGCUAAAUGCUCUGACAGAAGACAAGGGAGAAUCUCCCCAUUUUCAACAGGAAGAAUUAAGCCUCAUAUUUAAUUUGUAUUUCACACAUGGGGAAACAGUGUAAUUGACAUUACAGUGUAAUAGUUGUGGAUUGAAACACAGUGUAAUAGACAUGGAUCUGCCUAACAAAAUACCCUUCGCUAAAAAUUCAGGGAGGCAGUCAGAGUCCAAAUGGCACUUGGAAUCCUCUUCAUACGAAGUAUAGAGAGAGGGCCAUUGGUUAAUCAGAUUUUUAUCUCUUUUUUGUCUUGAAAAUUAAAAGUAUUACAGUGCCCACUUAGGGAACUAUGGCUUUAUAAGCUUAAAACUUCCUCACUAGGGAAUCCGCCUAAACCCUGUCCCUCUUUGUCCUGUUUGUAGCCCUCUCUUCCAUUCUUUUGCUUCCCUCUACAGUAUUCUUAGUUGGCUGAAAUACCUCAGUGUCCCUUGAGUUUGCAACUUCCUUGUGAAGGAGACACAUUCCUGGAUAAUGGAUGUUCAGCCUGGUUGUGUUCAAAUUUCUGACAUUGUCAGACUUCUCAGAUUCCAGACGGGAAAAGAAAAGUCUGUUAAAUCAUUCAUUUUUCUCCUGUGCAUACACAGUUCCACGGAUUAGUCACUCCAUCUUUUGAUUGAGCCAAGAGUUGCAAAACAUGGUUUGAAAAAAGUCUGCUAGACCUGAAUGAAAUAGAUUUGGAGAUUAACAAAACUCAUUUAAAAAGGAAACAAUGGGACUUCCCUCGUGGCACAGUGGUUAAGAAUCUGCCUGCCAAUGCAGGAGACAUGGGUUUGAGCCCUGGUCCGGGAAGAUACCACAUGCCAUGGAGCAACUAAGCCCAUGUGACACAACUACUGAGCCUGCGCUCUAGAGCCCGCGAACCACAACUACUGAGCCCACCACAACUACUGAAGUCUGUGCGCCUAAAGCCCAUGCUCUGCAACAAGAGAAGCCACCACAAUGAGAAGCCCGUGCACCACAAGGAAGAGUAGCCCCUGCUCACUGCAACUAGAGGAACCCUGUGCACAACGAAGACCCAACGCAGCCAAAAAAAUGAUAAAUAAAUAAAUGUAAAAAAAAAAAACUUGUGAAAAGUACUUAUUGAUAAUAUCUUGAAAAAAAUUGUCCUAA